CGAAAAUCGAUUCUCUUCGUUUUAUCUACGUCAAAGUCAGCCGACAUCGGCUAUUCGUCUUCUAUUUUCACUCCUCCCAACACAGUCAGCCUGCCUUCACAAUCAUUAUCACAAACCUUACAGCAAACUACAAAGGCAAAACCUCCUACUUAAGUCCCAGGCCCAUGGCAUGUGCCCCUACGGCAACCUGUCCAAUAAUAUCUUCAUCCCUCGUUACCAAGCCCACAUUCAAGUCGAAGGGAAAACGUGAAAGUGUCAGCGAAAGCGAAAGCGAACGCAACGGUCAGAAUGUCGUUACAGCCACCGACGCGAACGUCGAGCCGCAAGAGAUGAGAAACGAGAAAGAGCCUCCUCAGGAGUACGCUCAUAGUCGAUCUCUAAAGUCUAUCCCAGGUGGUGGGGCUUAUGUGCCGAUGAGUGGCUAUUUCAUGCCGGGCAACUUGCUCGGGGAUCAGAAUGGGUUGAGAGCACCAGAAAUAAUUGCUGAAGGGCCAGCGGUGCCGGCUGGGAAAAUGGGAGAAGGAGAUGAUACCGGGGCCGUAUCAUCGGCUGUGGAUACUUCGACGUUGAAGUUGAAUCAAGUGCCUGGGAAUAGACGGAAAAUUGGUUGGGCAUUGUCGCUUCCUGUUGGGACGGCCGCGCAUACUGCUGAACAUGGUCUCCUUACUGAACGGUCUUCUGGGGUUAGUGUGUCCUUCGGAGCUAAGGAGGAUUUCGCUUUUCAGGGUACAUUUGGAGAUCAUGCAGGUGGCGGUCAUGCUGUGAGUGAUGGUAAUCAUGAAGAUGGAGAACCGUUGGAAAAUGAUAGCAUGGCUGACCAAUAUGGGGAGUCCGAAGGUCCCAGGUUUAGUCAAGUUGACUAUUUCACCCAACACAAAAGCUUAGAAAUCCGGACAGAUGGGCUUCCCAGGAGACCACGGUAUUGUGCGGCCACUGUUGGAAUUCCGUGUCGGGAUACCGUAUGGGCCUUUAUUAAUAGGGUUGAUUCCGAUCAUGGAUUGCCAACGGCAACAGACUUACCUUGGGAGAUCCGAACACUCCAUAAGACAGACGAGUUGAACACAAUAGCGGCCUAUCUUGCUAGCAUGCGACGAAACCUGAAAGACCUAGACGUCAACUUUACUUUUCACUAUCGCCCGGUGUCUUUCAUUGACAAGGCAGAUCGUGAUAAGAAAAUUGGGGGUUACACCUCCUCCGACAAGCACAACGCACACACCGUCGCAGACCUGUAUAUGCAUACAAAGGACGAUAAGAGUUGGGGCACGCUCUGUGUUACGAGAGAGCACCAUGUCCAAGGACUAGCCUGGCAUUAUUGGGCAGUUGCUGCUAUCUCGCCACCCAAGUCGCCGUUCCAGUCAGUAGAUGAGAGAGGGAUAUAUCUUCUCAUGUAUGAUUCAAGGCCGCUCAAGGAACCGACCAAAAAGCGCGAUCGGGAUUUUUGGAGGAACUAUAUGCGCCGUGAUCAGUACAAACUACUAGUUGAGAUAGGGAAGACUUUCAAGAUCCUUGAUCUCGCAAUCAAUCGGAAACAGCUCUCGGUGGAGGGUGAAGACGAUCCCCUGCGUCUGACCCUGUGGUGGCUUUGGAACAUUGCUCGAUACGGCGGGGGCUUUUAUGAGAGAGACGGCGAGCUGGAAGACCCACGCUGGAGGUUGACAGAUGCCAGAUGGCUCCAUUUCGAUCAAGAUUGGUCAAGCAAUGUGCGAACAACACUGCGGUGGAAGAAUGUUAAAGAAUGGUUCUCAGAGCAACGACUGGAUGAGCACAUAAUCCACGAACAGCAAGUCCAAGGACACAGGAUAGCUGCAUAGGAGCAUAG